AUGGAUGACCACCACAACCCCCACCAGAACCACCACCACCACCACCAUGAACUCCCUCCAUUCCCCUCCACCGCCGUCACCGCCCCCACCACUAAUCUCCACUCUCCUCCACAAAAUCCAUGUUAUCUCCCACCUACUCUCUCCCAAACUUGCUUGGCCUCAUUUUCCUCCUCAGCCCCACAAUCGUUUUUUUCUUCGUCUCAUGAACCACAACCACUUGCUCCCCGUUUUCCUCAUUCUCCCACCCUCCUUAGCUAUGGGCUCGAUGAGCCAAACAUUCAGUCUGUUUUUCCUAAAGAUGAUGGAAAAAAGGCUUUGGAUGCCUGGAGUACUAAAGUGGCUCGAACUAAUAGAAGACUUGCUCGUCAAAGAACCCUUACUUCUUUCACUACUCGAUCCUCUUCUUCUUCUUCCUGUGGUUAUCAUGAUGAUUAUUCUAAGGGUUUAACUAUAACCCAUUUCCCUAAUACUGAUUCUUCACAUAAUAAUCGCCAUCUUUUCACCUUUUGUACUCCUGACAAUAAGAUUUUGAGAAUGCUACUGAAGAAGGAGCUGAAGAACAGUGAUGUUGGAUCUUUGGGCAGGAUUGUCCUCCCCAAGAGGGAGGCAGAAGAGAACCUUCCAUUUCUCACUGAUAAGGAAGGUCUCCAAAUUGUUGUGAGAGAUGUGAACUCAAACAGAAGAUGGACAAUGAAAUACAAGUACUGGGCAAACAACAGAAGUAGAAUGUAUGUUCUGGAGAACACAGGGGAAUUCGUAAGACAAAAUGGUCUUUUGAUGGGAGAUGCAAUGACCCUAUACGAAGAUGACUGCAAGAACCUCUAUGUAGCAGUUGAAAAAAGUGAGAAUCGUUCAAGAAUGGAAGAAGAUUACAAGCAGAAGCAGCAGCAACAAUUUAGUCUGUCGUCAAACAUAGAGGAUCAGGUGAAAGACGAAGAAGAAGAUGCUUCUUUAGCUUUGUUAAUCGAAGAGCUUAAACACAAAGCUGAAGACCACCACAGCCAUCCCACCACCUUUUUCACUGCUAAUCCACCUAUCAAUACCAUGAUUAAUUCUACAAAUCAUAUUAAUUAUAAGGAACAACUAAUAUUAGAUGAUUUCCAAGGGAUUAAUAAUAUUAAUAAUGAUAUCAAUAAUGGUAAUGUGGGGUUUGAAGAUUGCUUUGGAGGCCUUGAUACUCUUCCUGAAGUCAGUGGAUUCAAGUUCCCUCUUUUUGACUAUUUCACCAGUAAUAAUGGCACAGCCUGA